GUUUAAUCGUUUACAAAAAUAUCCAACUUUAUAAAUUCGCAUUCAGUGUACUUAUGGAUUUGCUCUGCUGUUGAAAUGAAUUUCCGAUUCGGUUGUGUUCUUUUAGUUUUAUUUUUUAUAAAAUUGGUGAGUAGCCGUCUACUUCUCCUAAAAACUACUCCCUUUAAUUCUAAUACCCUUUUCAAGAUGGAGUGCCGUAGAGUGGACUUUACCAAUAUCAAGUGUACUAGCUUCGACAGAAACUUCUCCGUUUUCGAAUAUUGUUAUAUUAAAGCUGUUAACCGAACCUUGAAGCAUUUCUCCCUCAAGGUCCUGCUCCUUCAGGUUCCAGUUAAUCAGUUUAAGGUAAACUUCGCGCUCUUUAAGCGUUCGAAUGGCCUGUCGCCCUUCAACUAUACCUUCACCUUUGACGGCUGCAAAAUGCUCGAAGUCCAGAAUCCCUUCAUAUCCUUUCUGUUCAAGGCAUUCAGAACAUACACCAACAUCAACCACUCGUGUCCCUACGACCAUGAUGUAAUUGUGGAUCGACUGCCCACCCACUUCAUACACGAGAAGCUGGCCUCAGUUUGGCCUUUUCCGGAGGGCGACUACGUUUUUUCAAGCAACUGGAUUACUUCGGGCGUCAAUCGAGCCAAUGUUCGCAUCCAUACGUCCUACUCCUGAUGAUAACUGAGCCUUAUUAACAAGAGGAUGUUACUUUUUUAUGCAUACAUUUUUAACUAACAACUGGCUAUAAGGAUUUUACGAACAAAAUCAACCGUCAAUCAACAGAAAAAUAUUAAAAGAGAACAAUAAACUAUUUGGUUAACUUCAAGAGAC